AUGAAGUCGCUGGAGCUCAACAGAGUUUGCAAUCCAGGCCCAGAUAGACAUAAUGAAGGGAUCGCCCGCAGAUUGGACAGCCUAGUGGGUCUGUUCGGAGCUGGAUGUCAGCCAAGUUCUUCAAAUGAUCCAUUUGGACUGAGAAGGAUCUCUUAUGGAUUGGUUCAAAUAUUGGUUGAGAAUAAGAGGAACUUUGACCUCACAAAGGCCUUGACCUUGGUGGCACAGGUGCAGCCUAUAAGAAUAGACAAUGACGUUAUAAAUGAGGUAGUGCAAUUUGUAACACGGAGACUCGAACAACUUUUGGUGGAUGAGGGAAUUAACUAUGAAAUAGUUCGGUCGGUGCUUAUGGAGCGUGCGAACUGCCCAUAUCUGGCAUCACAAACGGCAGCUGAAAUGGAAGCAUUUUCAAGAACUGAAGAUUUCCCAAAAAUUGUUGAGGCGUAUUCCAGGCCAGUUCGAACUAUACGUGGGAAGCAAAUCGAGUCUGCUUGGGAGGUUGACGCAAGCGUAUUUGAGAAGGACGAAGAAAAAGCCUUGUGGAGCGCCUAUUUGGAGGCUGUCGACAAGAUCCAUCCUGGUGUUGACGUCAAAACCUUCGUCGAGGCCUCCCUGCUUCUGAUACAGCCUCUGGAAGAUUUCUUCAACAAUGUUUUUGUCAUGGCGGAAGAUGAGAAGAUCCGCAACAACCGGCUGGCACUGCUGCAAAAGGUUGCGAGUUUGACGAAGGGGAUAGCCGACCUCUCGGUUUUACCAGGGUUUUAGUUAGCCUUGGAGCGAGCUGAGAGCGUGCGCCCCAUUUUUGAGCUGGUGUCAUUAAGCUGGAGCCACUUUUUGUACUUUUGUUACUGGUCAUUCAUCUGGUGGAAAAUUACUGGGAGAAGAAUGAGAAUGUAACUACAAGGGAUCGUCUUUGAUUGGAGGAUAUCAGUUAUGAGGUGUA